GUAGAUUAUCUAAUUUUGUUUUUUUUUUUUUUUUUUUAUUAAUAUAUUUAUUUAUAAUAAUUGGAUGUUUAUAAAUGACACUGAAUGACACUCAGUUAUCCCUGCCACAAAUUUAUACAUCAUUAGAACUGUUCUUUCACUCACAUGUGGAAAGUAAGAAUACACUCACUGACAAGGCCAAAGACAACAAAUAACAUAAACAAAGUAAUAAAAUUAAAAAUUCAAUAAAAAAAAAAACCAUAUAUAAUGGAUACAGAAAAUCCAAGUCUUGCUAUAAUUCGUCAAGAAAUUGUUAAAAAUCAUCUUCAAGUUACAGCAAUAAUCCAGGAUAUUCAACAAUGUACUGGACCAUUGGAAUUGUUAAACGACCUAAAUGCAGAAGGUAGAAUAAAAUUAUCAAAUUUACGUAAAAGUAUUGAAAGUUUAGAAAAUUUAGCAGACAAUGAAUUAAAUAUAAAACGUAAAAAUGAACUUAAUGAUGAAAUUGAAAAUAAAAAAAGUCAAUUAUCAAAUAUAUUAUCGUCAUUUAAAAAAGCAAAUAUAAUUAGUUCAUGUGUUAUUGAUAAAUUAUCAAAAGAUGAAUUAUUUACAACACCUGAAGAACAACAAACAAUAUUAAGAAAAAGACGUGAUCGUCAAGCACUUGCUAGUACAUCAUCCAAGGCUACAGAUAGAUUAUUAAGUAUAUCACGAACUUUGGCCGAGACAAAUCAACGUAGUGCUGAUACCCUAGGCACACUUAUAUUAUCAUCAGAAAAAGUAACUGGAACAAAAGAUGAACUUGAACAUCAACAACAGGCAAUUGUUCAAUCAGGUAAACUCCUGGGUAAAUAUGGACGAAGAGAAGUAACGGACAAGGCUUUAAUGGUACUGGCAUUUGCAUUUUUUUUAGCCUGUGUAUUUUAUAUACUUCAAAAGAGAAUAUGGUGAAUGUAAAAUACAUUAAUUCAAUAUUGAUCUUGAUAAGACUUCCGUAUUUUUUUUAUUAAAGAAUUUUAAUUUCUUCAAUUAAUCAACUACAUUCCAAAAAUAUCAUUUAAAUAAUUUGAGAAUUUUUUUUUUUAUUAAAUAUCUAUAAAAAAAAAUUUCCAAUGAUUAUUUAUAGAAUUUUUUCAAUUAUGGAAAAAAUAUUUUGGUUUUGUAAUAAUUACCUUUCUAAAAUUUAUCAUGAUCAAUCAAUAAUAUUUUGAUCUAUUAAAAAUUUUAAAUAUAUAUUCAUAUUAUCGUAUUUCAAAUUAUAUUUAUAUUAAUUAUCAUUUAACCUUGACCGAUUUUAUUAGAAUUUAUAUUUGUAAAUAAAGAAUUGAAAAAAAAAAAAUUAGAACAAUCUUGUUAUUUGUUAAAAACAUGUUCAAACUAAAUAAAAGAAAAAAAUUAAUUUAAAAAAAUAACGAAAUAGUUGAAACAAUUAUUUAUUUAUUUUUUUAUUUGUUUUAUUAUUAAUGAAAAUAGUCAAAUUAAACAAAUAAAAAAAUGAUUAAAUAUUUUUUUUUUUUAAAUUCCAGAAUUUAAUUAUGUAAACAAUGUUUGAAUAAAUAUAGAUAAAUUUUUUUUACAACAAAGGAAAACUAAUAAUAUAGCUUUUUUUUAAAUUAAAAACAAAAAAACAUUCAAGACGUCAAGAGAUGUGUUCGUGUUCCGAUUACAAAAUAGGUUGAUAAUAUCCCAGAUAAAAAGGAAAAAAAUAAAUGCAAAAAUAAAAAAUAUUAACAUCAAGUUUUGUUAAUACAAUCUAAAUAAUUCAAGGGAUCUACGCAUCUGGUGUCUUGAUUUUUCCAUCUCUUCUUAUUUUUAAUAUUUGAUUUAGACUCACUAUAAAAACAACUGAUUUUGCAUAUUCGCGCUUCACUUUUAAACCGUCCAUCAACGAAUUAACUGUUCAAAAGUUUCAUCAAGAAAAAUAAAAUAUAUAAUUUAAAAUUUGUGUUGAAAAUAAAAAAGUGAAAAUAUGAAACUACUCGUAUUAGUAUUUUUAUUUUUAAUUGGAUGUGCAGUAGCAGAACCAACUUGGCUAUUAUUUUGGCCAAAAACACGGUCACCAGGUGCACCAGUAGCAAAACAAACAAAACAUAAACAGAUAGAAAAAAAAGGAAAAGAUCGUUGGACACAACUCUGUCAUGUUAUUAAUCCAGGUCCAUUAAUUCCUGGUAAUUAUCCAGUUGCUGCACCACCAUGUCCAUACUGAUCCAUCAGAUGUGUAACACCAAUAUUUUGUGAUAAUAUUAUUACUAUUAUUAUACUAUUAAUACAAUUGUUUAGAAAAACAUAAAAAUUAUAAUUUGACAAGUUAAUUUAAUUAAUUAUUUUAUACAACUGUAUUUAAUUUUUUAUUAUGUUUAUAACAUUUAUAUAAUAUAUAUUAUAAGUCUUGUUAUUUGUGGAUAAACAAUAUCCUUAAUAAAAAAAAAAAAAUUAUUUAA